UGGAUGUUCACUCACUGAAAGUGGGUGGGAGUUUCUAAUGCUUGCUACUCCAGUUGCGUAGCUUAUUUCUGACUAUUUGCCAUUGAAUAAUAUCUCCUCAGUAUAAAUAAUGUCAUCUGAUUAUUCAGACAUGCCAUUACCUCCUAACUGGGAGUCUCGACUCGACUCAGAAUCCGGCCACUGGUAUUAUAUCAAUCAUGAGGAUAAGACUACUAGUUGGGAUGAUCCACGACCUGCAUAUUAUUCUGCUCAACAAUUAGACCUUUUAAAUACUUAUCGAAUGGGUUUUGGUGAUCGACAAGAUUUAAUUGGUGAAUUUUUCGACAUACCUGAAAUUUCUUCUAAGUCACAAAAAAAUCCAAAAUCUGUUAACCCUAAACCAUGCGAUGAUCAUAGUAAAGAUGGUCCCGCUACAAAAACACAUCGUAGUCGAAUUGAACCAAAUGGAGAAAAUUCAUCACGAAAAGAUACUUAUUCCAAAGGAAGAACUACUUCAACACAUCGUAAUCGUGAAUCAAAAUCAAGUGUUUGUUCACAAAAUGAUAAUGAAUCAUAUCAUUCAUCAAUUUAUUUUUCACCGAAAACUAAUAAAAAAUCUAAAUAUGAUUCAUUAUUACCAAAAACACCAACAGAUAAUGAUGAUCACAAUGUUGAUGAUAAUGUUUUUGCUACGGAAUCAAUUAAAAAAGGGGACAUAUCAGAAUCCACACAAAAUGAUAAAGAGUCACUUCAAAUUAACAGGUUGUCGCUAGAAAAACACGUUGAUACUGCUGUUACUACUACAACUGUUACUUCCAAUACCGUUAUUCUCACUGAAAAUAAUCCAUUGCAAAAGGUUAAUACUACAGAAAUAUCGGUUGAAAAGCAGUCAUUGAAUAAUGGAUCAUCUAGAUAUACAGACGAAACCAUGGGUUUAAUUCUUUGCUCAACUGAAAAAUUACAUCGUUAUCAACCUAUUGGUCCAAAUCCUAAAUUACUCAGUUCACGUAUAAUUUCACAUGGUCCGAAUCCUUUAUUUGUUCAUGGACCAAAUCCAUCAUUAGUACAUGGUUCAAUUUAUCAAUAAGAAUACAUCUCUUCUCCUUAUUCAAUAUAACAAUGUAGUGUCGGUUACUAGAUUAACUCCACAUAGAUUAUUCUAGCUUCGGGACAGGACAAUUUAUUCAUUGUUCUGGAUUCACAUCUUGACCUUGUUUAUUAUUCGCUUAUGUAGGUGUAUGUGUGCAUUUCCUAUCUUACUCAUCAGAUGUUUGUAAUUUAUUUGUAUCUGGCUAAAUAAAUAUUGAUUAACGCUUGAUUAAAUAAGAGUUGGCUCAUAUAUCUUCUCCAUUGUGCAUCAUUUCGUUUCGCUUCAUUCACUGCAAUUCUCUGAUUGUUUGUUCCAAUCAACGAGUGUAUAAAAUAUACACAUUCAAAGAUCCAUUCUCGUAUUUAACUUAUUUGAUUGCGUUAUUCAAUAGUUAUACAGGAGAAUAGCCAAUUUUAUUGGUACGAUGUGGUCUGUCUGGUUGGUAAUAUAAACCUCAUAAAUGAUUCAUGUCACAGAGGCUAAAAUUGAUGUUCUGGAUCGAAUUGGCUGGGCUAGGCACGAAACAGGACUGAGAAGGACUCUAGACUGCUUGCAUGAGUUUUAGGCGUCAUUGGUCCGAUUGAUAAUUCACUACUCUCUAAUUGGCGGUAUCAUUACGUUCUACAUUAACAAGACACACAGGCCACAAGUUAUAACAUGAAUAGAUCUAACAUUCUUUAAACUAAGAUCAAACAAAAUGAAUGAGAAGCUUAUCUCAAUUCAAAUAAUAACUAAAUCUAUUUAAUUGUGUUUUACUAACAAAACAGUACAGUAGAGUAGAGAUAAAUGAAAAACCUUUGACUUUCAUUCGAAUUAGGCAUAUUCUUUAUAAAAUUGAAAAAGAAGACGCUUAACCAGAAGAUAAGGUUUCCUCGGUUGAAUUUCUUGUUGAAACGUUUUUUUUGUUUUUCUUUCUCUCUUUUUUUCAUUAUUAAUUAUCGUUGUUCAGUUUUGUGUUUAUAUCCCUUUACCUUCUAUUGUUUGUUUGUUUUUCUCUUUAAAAUGUUAUCGUUUUAUUUGUGUGAUGCUUAUUGUUUUCUGUUGGGAUAUUCAAGGAAAUAUCCCAAAAAUUAUCCUGUUAAGCUUAAUGCUAUCCUUGGACAUGAAAUAGUAUCAUCUUAUUGAUCAAUAUUUAUUUAACGUGUCAUUUUCCUACUGGCCAUUAUUGUACAAUGUUAUUUUCUAUUUUAUGGUACGUUGUGGUCUGCUUGACUGGUAUAUAAACAAAGUAUGUUUGAAAUAUAAUGAUUCAUAUAUCCGAGGCUGAGACUUUCGUUCUGGACUCAACUGGCU